AUGCCCGGUGCGAACGUUCUGAGUUUCAAGCCACUCGGGGGGCCUGUGCUCGGCGUGUCGCAUCGGCUACCGUUGAGAAAUGGAAAUAGCAUUCCUCAGUGCGGCUUUGGAACGUACCGCAUGACCCCCACAGUGGCAGGAGCUGCCGUCGAAUAUGCCAUACAUUGUGGUUUUCGACAUAUUGAUUGUGCUAAGGCAUACGACAACCAGAACGCUAUUGGAGAGGCACUUCAACGUGUGAUAUCAACUGGCAAUUUGAAGCGUGAGGAAUUGUUUUUGACGUCAAAGCUUUGGCCCACAGAUCAACACCCAAUUCACGUGGAGAAGGCUUGUCGAGAGACGUUAGCGGAGCUGCGUGUGGACUACCUUGACUUGUAUCUUAUUCACUGGCCAGUGGUGUGGAAUCAUUCCCCGCAUUUCAAGACCGAUGACGAGAAAUACCCCAAAGACGCCAACGGACUUCCUGCGGUUGAUGAUAGUGUCAAACUUAUCGAUACUUGGAGGGCUAUGUGUGAACUUGUUGAUAGAAAUUUGGUGCGUUCAGUUGGGCUCUCGAACUGUAGUGAGAAACAUAUUAACGAAGUUAUGAGUGAUGGAAGUCUGUAUGCACCGGUGGUAAACCAGAUUGAACUUCACCCGGCGUUGGUCCAGCGUGACCUUCUUAAUUUCCACGGUGCAAAUCAAAUAGUGACAGCUGCUUACAGUCCUCUGGGGAUGCCUUCAAGAUUUACACACCCGGACUACAAGGGUUUGUUGUCCGACGCAUCAUUACAAUCCAUUUCCGAGUAUUCAGGAUUUAGCGUGGCUCGUUUACUACUAAACUGGAACCUUGACAUGCACAAUGUCGUGAUUGUGCGUUCAACCAACAAGGAACACAUCAGAUCGAACGCCAAGGCCUCUCUUUAUGCACUCUCGGAUCCCGUGAGAAUGAUCCUGGACCGAUUCCAGGAGCGUGUGGGAACAAUUCGUACAAUCAAUCCGACGGACUUCACUCGUGGCGGAGGGAGCUUCUUUGACUGA